UUCAUGGGGUGGAGACCAACGCUGGUCUUGUAGGAUUGCUACCAAUAAGUACUGAAGGUGACGAUAGCCGACUGAUCCAAGUCAUUGAUAUACACAUUUCUGUUUUAUUCUGUUCCAGUCUCAGUAUAAUUUCAUUCCUGUUUUCGUUUCAUUGGUGCCCUCAUGGUAAUGGGUACGGGAAUGGUCGAAGAUAUAAAUUGUAGUGUGCCAGAAGUUCCCCUGGCUCAUCUCGAAGAUGACAUCGACUUUAUCAAAACGGCAUCGCAGCAGUCGACCAGUGAUUGCGAGAACAAUUCUGAUGAAAAUUUCGAUGCGGAAAAUCUAUCAGGUAGUCUGGAAGAUCUGGUCGGAACAUUUGAUCAAAAAAUCUCGCACUGCUUCAAGGAUCUUAAUAAGACGACCGAAGAGAUAGCACCUAUACAAGUGCGCUCACAGGAUGAGAUUAUGUCCGAAAGCCAAAUUUGGUGGACUCUGACGGGAAAUUUUGGCAACAUGCCUCCACUUGAUUUCUCGAAGACGCAAACAAGACAGUUACAACUUCCUGCUUUGAACCUUCAACCACGCAAGGAAAAUAGUGAUGCCGGUAUCGAUUUGUCGGAAGAUGAGGAGUUGAGAAGUGCACUAGAUAUGCAUCAGUUGAUUAGUCAGCGUGGUCCUUUAUCAGAGUCACCUCCACAAACUGCCGACCAAGUGAUCGAAGAAAUUGACCAAAUGCUUCAGUCGUGUGAUUUUUCGGGAUCGGUAAUGACUGAUCGAACAAUGGAAUCGAUGGAUAGCAUGUAUUCAUCAAUGCGUUCACCACUGCCAAAUGGACAGUAUGAUAUAGAUAUCAAACUGCGACAGGCCAUUGUCAUUACGUCGAAUUCUGAAAAUUUGGAAUCAUUUUCGUACAGCAGAUUGCUUGCUCUGAGUGCUGAAAUGGAACAACUCAUACAAGUCUACAAUGACAGUUUGGUGGAGCAGUUGGCACAUCGUGAUGAAUUGGAAUAUGAGAAGGAAAUGAAAAAUACAUUCAUAUCGUUGCUUUUAUCUAUACAGAAUCGGCGAAGACACUUCACCAACGAGCGAAAACGUAAACCGUUGAAAACUGAUUCGUCACAAUUGCCACAGUAUAUGACGGCGACAAUUCCGUACGAUGAAAAUUGUCCUUCCAUAAACAUGAAUACACUGAUGGCGCUUAUUAAAUUGUUGCGAGCAAUUGAUGAAAACAGUGCCGCCGUGCCAAGCAUGCUCACUGACUACAUCUUGACUGUCCUGUGCCCCUCAGCUUCAUCGUCAACUGUCACGGAUUUGGCUGCAGUAAGUUAAACCAAGUAAUCCGGGCGAAAUACCACUACUACUGUACAUUAAAGUGCGGUCACAGGCCCCUGCUACUGCUGCUUUUUAUAUUUCUCUGUAGACUUUGCACCACAACAGUAUGUCCGUUUUUCUUUUUUUCUCUAAUCCAAACCCUUCACACGCUUUACUCAAAAAUUCCCAAAAUCCUUUGGAAGAUGCCUACCAAGCUUCUUGAGAUUUCGGCGUUUUAAGUCGGAAAAGGAAUAGGGAGCAAAAAAUGACACUACUUCCUCGAACUAAUUCCAGUUGCUCCAUUAUGAAAUUAUCUGUCCUACUUCAUUAAACUUUGCAAGGUAGAAGA